AAAAAGAUAAAAUGGAUUUAAAGGAAAACACAUGUUCACUAGAACAAAAACUAGGAGAAUUGCAAAACAAUGAAUCCUACUUAAAAGGGCAGUUGGAAAUGAAAGACAAAAUAAUAAGAGUGGCUAUCAUGGAGAAGGAAAAAAUGGAUGAUAAAAUGAGGAAUCUGAAAGAACAGCAACAAAAAGAGAUUAAGACUUUUCAAGAUAAAAUUUUGUCAUUAAGGUUGCAGCUGCUUCAGAAUCAGGGUGGUACUGCAAGUAAGGAAACCGCUAUUGAAAAGGAAACCACAAAUCAGCCUGUACCAAUACCACAACAGCAAGAAUAUGAUCCACAUACAGAAAAUAUUUCUGUGUCCAAUUCUGAAAUUACUCUAACAACCCCUGUCUUAAAACAUGCAAAGAAAUUCAAAUUCAAGAUACUGUCCUAUCAUUAUCAUUGCAUAAUGCUUUUGCUGAUUCUGCUUCUGCAAUUUUAUUACGACUACAGAUGACAUCAAUAGCGUAUCUCUACAUUAAUAGGACACGUUUAUCUCUUGAUAGUGUGCAUUCUAUCGUUGAUGUACUGCAAAGGCUUAAAGCUCUUCGACUUAGCAAUGUCUAUCUUCCUCCUACCAGUUUGAGCUACAUCCUCAAUGCCUUGUUGACCAAUGAGUCGUUAAAAGAAUUCACCAUUCAAUUUGAGGACCAAAUGAUGCUGCCUCUCUCCUCCACAAGUGCUGGUUUUUAUGCGCAAGCUAUUUCUAAUAUUAUUCAAAGCAACUCAACUUUACAGUACAUAUCAAUUCUUGGCCUUAGACUUGGUGAAGCUGGGGUGGUGAAAAUUCUACUUGCUCUUGCAAAGGACAACAACACCCUUCGACUGCUCACCCUAGACUUGUC